AUGGAAUCAGAAAUGGACAGACAUACCAAAUGGAAACUGAAGAAGGUUAAUAAAUGUUGGUUUUUAGAUGUUGGCGGUAAACUGAGGCUGAUGAAAAUCUUAAAUAAGUCUACUGAUGUUCACAUUGAGGACGACAUAAUUUUCGCCGAUGACCUAGUGUAUCAACUGACAGAGAAAAGUGACGAUGAAAUUGUCAUAACAGAAAUUAAAGAUAUAUGCCAAAAUGAUAAAGAUGAGAAAAAAGAAAUCGACUUCAAAAACGAGAAGGAAGCGUCUAAUACAAAAGAUAAUGAUAAUGAAAAGGAAGUUGUUGUGACCUUAAAAGAAAUCCACGGAAACAUUGUUGACUCCACGAACGACACUACUAAAAGCAGUUCGUUUACAGAACUUACUCAAAUAAAAGAUACCGAAAAUGACGGCGAGAUAUUGUCAGAUUCAGAAAAGGAGGAGGUUUGCGAACUGGGCAGCGAGAAUUGUAUAUCAAAUAAAGAUACGGACUAUGAAGACGAUAUAUUAACAGAUUCGGAACAAGAGGAGAAUCAUGUACUGGGCAGCGAGCAAUAUGUACCAAGGGAAGAUACGGACAAUGAAGACGAGAUAUUAACAGAUUCUGAAGAAGAGAAUUAUGAACUGGGUAGCGAGCAAUAUGUAGAUCUACCAAAGAAAGGGAAGAUAAGAGGCUUCCUCAAACGCAUUAAGACAAUUGUGAAAAGAAAACCGGCUUCAAAACAGUACUCAGAAUGUGGAUGUGCUGAUACAAGGCGCUACGCCACUUGGUUCACGGAGGAAUCCAUUGAGAAAGACAAGGAUGACUAUGACUGCAAUUUAUUACAACUUACGAAGGACACAUCUGUUGAUGAUGCUCUUAUAGUACCUGCCUUGUAUGACUUUGAUGCAAUCAAAAACGAUGAUCUCAGCUUCAGAAAGGGAGAUAAAUUGGAAGUGGAUGCGAAAACUAGUCAAAUCUCGGAUCGGUGGGCAGCUCGACAUCUGAGGACGGAAGAGAAUGUUUACAUCCCAAAGGACUAUAUUAUGAUGCAUGAUUACUCACAACAGUCUCAAGACUGGUGGUAUAAUGUAGACAGGAAGGAAGCCGAUAAAAAACUUUUGUUGCCAGGCAAUCCUACAGGAACCUUUCUCAUGAGAGAGACCUCAGGUAUGUAUGUGCUGUCUGUGCGAGACUUUGAUCCGAAGAUAAAUGAUGCCUGUGUGAAACAUUACAGAAUACGCAGGUUAGAUAAUGGAGGGUUCUACAUCAGUCCAAAGAGAACUUUUGGCAACAUGCUAGAUCUGAUCUUUCACUACAGAAAUGUAGCUGAUGGACUAUGCUGUAAGUUGGAGAGUUCAUGCCCACAAAUUCGACCUCUUGUACAGUUCAGGGAGCUAGAAGUAUCAAGGGAGUCGGUGACACUUCUGAAAAAAAUUGGAGGAAGUUGUUUUGCAGAGGUUUUCGCUGGUAAAUGGCGUAAAACAGUAGACGUGGCUGUGAAAACAUCGAAGCAAGGUCAGAUGACGGCUGACGAUUUUCUGGCCGAGGCGAAGCUCAUGCAUCAUUUAAGACAUAAUAAACUUGUACAGCUGAUGGCAGUGUGUACAAUAUCAGAACCUAUCUAUAUUAUAACUGAGCUCAUGAUGCACGGGACCCUACUGGAUUACUUACGCAAAGAUGAGGGCAAAACCCUCGGCUUCAAUUCAUUAGCUGACAUGGCUGGCCAGAUAGCUGAUGGCAUGGUGUAUCUAGAGACAGAGAAUAUUGUACAUAUAGACCUGAGGGCUGGUAAUAUUCUUGUGGAUGAUCACAACGAAGUAAAGGUGGCAGGGUUUGGUCUUGCAAAGGUGAUGCAGAAAGAUAUUUAUGAGGGUCAAGACAAUACAAAGUUCCCUAUAAAAUGGACAGCACCGGAGGCGGCAUUUGACAGAAAAUUCAGCAUAAAAUCAGAUGUGUGGUCAUAUGGUGUGUUGUUGUAUGAACUGAUUACUUUUGGAAACGUUCCCUACCCUGGUAUGAAUGGAUAUGAGUCACUGAAUCGUGUAUACAAAGGAUUCCGAAUGCAGAAACCAAUUGACGGACCAGUGCCUUGUCCAGACCCUUAUUAUGAAAUCAUGUUGAAAUGUUGGAACAUAGUAGCAGACAGUAGGCCUACAUUUGCUUAUCUCAAAGAUUUCUUCAAGAGCUACAAUGUGAAUGCAGAUGGAGAAUUUUCACAUCAACCAAUCGGGAUAGUUUUGUAAUCUAGACCGGGACUUCACCAUGGAAAUUCAACAAAGUUUUUUCUGCAACGUUGAUAAAACUAUAAACUAUGCGUUGUCUCUCUAAGAUAAGAAAUAUUGAAGACCGGUACACAAUGAAUGACAAAUUACCACUGGUUUAAUAUCCAUAGUACACAUCUACCGAACUGUGGGUUUUAGGUAUGAAAUGCGCGAUUGAAGUGGGUUAGUAUAUUUUCCCGUUCAUGACCAUGGUUCUUAUAGUAUUUAUUAUAUAGUAUACCUGGUAUUACACGUACACUUGCAUUUUCUAUUUGUUCUUGUACCAGUGGUUUAAAUGGGAUAAUUGCUUUUUAAGUGUUCAUUAUAAAUGAAAUUGUAUACAUAUCAUGUACUGUGACUCUGGAAUGGCUUCAUCGCAACAUUUUAGUCAGAAAUUGGAAAUCAACAAUUAGUAUAGUUUCGGAAGUCCGGUAUAGCUCAGAGACAUAUUGUUUGUCACUUCUUCUGUCUGGUAUAUUCACCAGACAAUAAGUAAAAUGUUGUUUGAUUAAAAUCGGGUAUUAUGUUGAAAAAUCUAAAAUCGUUUUCCUUCAUGGGUAUAGACAGAUUAUAAGUACAAAUGGAAGGAAUAAAUUCAGUGUUGCAUU